CAAUGAUGUUGUGGACUUGGUCUCUCGGCUCUGCAUCAUCAUGCCCUCAACCCUUCAGUUUCACAAAGAAGAAAAACCAUCCGGCCGCUGCUGCUUCAUGUGUGACCAUCGAUCCUGUCUCCACCAGUCUGAAAGCAGCGUGCUUCAUAGGAUAGAAAGUUAAACAAUCAGACUUCAUGGAGAUAAAGCUGAGCAGAGAGAUGACCGAACAGAGGAAAAUGUCCAACAGAUGACACAGUUCAAAUCAGCUGACAUUGCAGGCUGAACAGUUGAUUCACAGUUCAACAACACGUCCUUCCUCCUGCCGCCGUCCACUCAUCGUCUGUCCAGCCAUGUUGUUGAGGAGGAAGCUGUGCGUUGCUGUGGUGAUUGCUACCAUCCUCUUCCUCAUGCUCGCCAGUCAGAGCAUCCAAAGGAGACAUUUCCUGCAUCUGUCAUUAGUAAUUCCCAUCAACCGGGCCACUCCCAUCAGCCAGGCCACAGUCAGUGGCAAGGCGACAGUAGUUAAACCCGCAGCGUCUCCUGCUGAUCUGACCCCUGACCCUGAUCCUGACCCUCCCAGGCCCCCCCAACCUGAAGCCGAAGAGAAUCCUUCAGUCAACUCCCAGUAUGACCAGAGGUCGUGUGGUUGUCCUAAGUCCUGUAUUUCAGACCCAGGGGGUUCAGUCUGGUUCACCAAACGCUAUGACCCCAAACAGCAGCCUGUCCUUCAAGACACCAACUACAACUUUGACCCUGAUGCGCUCAAAUGGUGGCUGGGUCUUCAACGGUCGGGUACGGACCAGAAUCCAAAGGAAGUGAUGUCAAAGAUGUUCCGGGUAAUUUCCCCACCCGGUGUGGACUUCAGUCCCCUCCCCUCCCGUUGCCGUAGUUGCGCAGUGGUCGGAAACUCCGGCAACUUACAGCGGUCAGGACACGGCAACCUGAUCGACUCCCACAACUCUGUAAUCCGGAUGAACAAGGCAGUGACUCGAGGAUUUGAGAAAGAUGUUGGGAAUCGGACUACACAUCACAUAGUGUACCCAGAGAGCGCUGUGGAUGUUGAUCGUGGCGUCAGCCUUGUCCUGCUGCCAUUUAAACUGAGAGAUCUGGAGUGGCUGACCAGUGCGCUGUCCACUGGCGAAGUAAAAAUGACCUACAUGAGGGUUAGAGACAGAGUGGAGGCUGAAAAAGACAAGGUUCUGGUGGUGAACCCGGAGUUCUUGAAGUAUGUUAAUGACCACUGGACUGAGAACCACGGUCGCUACCCAUCCACCGGCAUGCUUGCCAUCAUCUUUGCUCUGCACACCUGUGAUCAGGUGUCAGUGUUUGGUUACGGAGCCGACCAGCAGGGGAACUGGCAUCACUACUGGGAGGCGAAUCGCUAUGCUGGAGCCUUUAAGACGACCGGCGUCCACAAUGCCGACUUCGAAACAAAGAUCAUCAACCAGCUCCACAAGGAGGGCAAGAUCAGUCUGCACCUGUGACACCACCGCUGACCUACUGACCUACAGACAGACCUUCUGUCUCAUGGACUUAACAGACCUGCUGACUGAUGGACUGAUUUGCUUACUGACCAGCAGAUCAUCAACCACUUAAUUGUUGAGACCAAGAACCAGCUACAUCUUGUCUGGUAUCCAGCUGAGAGUCGGCACAUCCGACUGUCCUCUGGCACUGAGUAACCAAAUUUGAGCCCGACUCUAAACCGUAUAUGGCAUUCAAAAAUUUCGAUAUAAAGAAAUAAUGUGACGUCAACACUUUCAUGACAUAGAUAUAAACUUAUUUACCACCAUGUGGUUUAACAGAAGUUUUCUGUUUCAACUCUUUAGUUUUAUGUUUCCACACCCUGACAUUUUUCAACUUAAAGCAGUGUUACAAGAUAAAAAAAAUUCACCUCUUUACCACAGCGUGAAGUUGUGUUAACACAAUAUCAAUAAAUAAAAAUGUAAAUGUAAAAAAGCCAGAUUGGAACUUCAGAUUACCAAACACCUGAAAGCUACACCCACACAAUAUCUAACAUUGCAUAGGUCCCACUUUAAGUCACCACACCUAUUAUAGUAAUGUUAACUUUAGGAAACAACCAUGUAGAGAUUGGGGAAAUUUUUGUGUUUGUUAAACGUUACCUCCUAAAAUCCCAGUCAUCAUAGAACCGUCUCAGAAAUAUCAGAUAAGGGAGAAUCUGGUGGUGAUUUUAUAGGAGGGUCUGUAAUGUCAGGCAGACUUCAAUGCUUAGGAAAAGAUAGCUGUGUGUGUGCGAAUAUACACUGCUAAAAAAAAUAAAUAAAUAAAAAAAAGGGGAACACUAAAAUAACACAUCCUAGAUCUGAAUGAAUUAAAUAAUCUUAUUAAAUACCCUCUUUAUAGAAUAGUAGAAUGUGCUGACAACAAAAUCACACAAAAAUUAUCAAUGGAAAUCAAAUUUAUCAACCCAUGGAGGUCUGGAUUUGGAGUCACACUCAAAAUCAAAGUGGAAAAC